AUGUCGACUACUCAUAUAGUCAAAUAUUACUUCUACAAGGGACAUAUGCCAGCCGAACCGAAUGUAUUGAAGAAAACGGUAGCUCUGGCAUAUCAAACUGCCCGGGGCAUGCAACUAUAUCCUCGGGCAAUCUUGAUCAGAUCCAAGCAUCACAACACUACCACGAUCAAAGGAAAGACCGUACUGGAUCCGAAAGGUUGGCAUUUGACAUUCUGUUACAAGGAUGCCCGACAACUGAGGAGAAAAACACAUACCGCUUGCCAUGGAUACGCGAAAGAUGCGUUCUCCUGGGAUCUUGUUGAAUCCACACACGCCGGUAGAAAACCAGAUUCGGUGAAGGCCAGAAACUCGAAGUAUUCCAGUGUCUGGCCAGGACCUGAGGAACUGGAUGAAGCCCCAUAUGUCAGGUAUAGCCAAUAUCUGUAA